AUGCCCGCGACCCUCGCUUCGGCUCCGCUCACUGCUGUCGGCCCCCUACAUCCCGCCUUCGCCCGCAGCCUUCCUCCCGCCUCGCGCUCCGCCUCGCGGCCGACGCCCUGCCGCCGCUCACUCGCCGCCCCGCUCCGGCCUCCCUCGCCGCGGUCCGCCUCCCUACGCUGGCCGCUCGCCGCGGCUCGCAUCGCCGCGCCCGCACCGGCCACGGCCGCCAUCGCGCUCCGGCCACGGCCUCGCCUUGCGCAGCCGCUCACCGUCGCCGUUGUGUCCCGCCUCCGCCUGUGCUGCUCGCGCGCAGCGCCACUCCCCUCACCACCUGCGCCAUACUCGUCGCCCUCCCCUGCCCGGCUCCACUCCGGCCUCCUUGCUGGCCGCCUGCGUCGCUGCCAUUGGCGCUGGCAUUCGCCUCUGGCCUCGCCCCGCUACGCCCCACCGCGCCUUUCCACCCACAGCGCCGGCCACUGCCGCUGCUCUGCUGCCGUCGCUGCUGCUCUAGCUGCUACUCCGCUGCCGUCGCGCAUGUCUCAACCCACGCCCUGCUCCCCGCAGCGCGCGCCAAACUGCCACGGCCCCUGCUGGCUGCGCCCGGGGCCGCCACCCACGCCCGCAUGCGCCCCCUGUCGCGCUCGCCGCGACCUUCAUCCCCCGCGCGCGCACAACCCUGGCCACGCCACGCCCGUGACCCCCGCUUCAGCUCCGCUCACUGCUGUCGGCCCCCUACAUCCCGCCUUCGCCCGCAGCCUACCUCCCGCCUCGCGCUCCACCUCGCGGCCGACGCCCUGCCGCUGCUCACUCGCCGCCCCGCUCCGGCCUCCCUCGCCGCGGUACGCCUCCCUACGCUGGCCACUCGCCGCGGCUCGCAUCGCCGUGCCCGCACCGGCCAGGGCCGCCGUCGCUCCGGCCACUCGCCGCCGCCGUUGCGUCCCGCCUCUGCCUGUGCUGCCCGCGCGCAGUGCCACUCCCCUCGCCACCUGCGCCACACUCGUCGCCCUCCCCUGCCCGGCUCCACUCCGGCCUCCUCGCUGGCCGCCUGCGUCGCUGCCAUUGGCGCCGGCGUUCGCCUCUGGCUUCACCCCGCUGCGUCCAAUCGGGCGCUCAAAUGCGCCCGUAAACCGUCGCCCGCACGCCCGAACCCGAUAG